ACUAUCCUGCAUUUCCUUUGGGAUAAGAGAAAAAGACAAAAUAGUGAACCCACAUGUCGAAGCAAAAGAAAGAGGCGGUGUGCGUCACUGGAGCCAACGGCUUCAUAGGCUCAUGGCUGGUUCGAACCCUCAUACAAAAUGGCUACACCACCAUCCACGCGUCAAUUUAUCCUUCCUCCGACGCUUCCCAUCUCUUCGACCUCCUACCCACCGCCGCCGAUUCCAAUGUUCAACUCCAUGUCCACGAGGCUGACAUAUUGGACUACGACGCCGUAUGCAAGGCCAUCGAGGGCUGCCAGGGCGUUUUCCACGUGGCUUCUCCUUGUACUCUAGAGGACCCUAAAGACCCAGAAAAAGAGCUUCUAUUGCCAGCUGUAGAGGGCACGCUUCGUGUCCUGGAAGCUGCCAAGAAGUUCAAGGUGAGGCGCGUUGUUAUCACGUCGUCUAUAUCAGCGUUGGUUCCUAACCCCAAUUGGCCGUCUGGUAAGGUUUUUGAUGAGUCUUCGUGGACUGACCUUGAGUACUGCAAGUCUCGCCAGAAAUGGUAUCCUGUAUCGAAGACACUGGCAGAAAAAGCAGCAUGGGAGUUUGCAAAGAAGCAUGGAAUGGAUGUUGUAUCAAUCCAUCCUGCCACAUGUUUAGGCCCACUAUUGCAGCCGAGUUUAAAUGCUAGUUCUGCUGUGCUACUGCAAUUGUUGCAGGGAUCAAAAGACACUCAGGAAUAUCACUGGUUGGGAGCUGUGCAUGUAAAAGAUGUGGCAAAGGCACAACUUUUGCUAUUUGAAACUCCUACUGCUUCUGGUAGAUAUCUUUGCACUAAUGGUAUUUAUCAGUUUGGUGAUUUUGCUGAGACAGUUUCCAAGCUCUUCCCUCAAUUUCCUGUUCACAGGUUUGUUGGCGAAACUCAACCGGGCCUAGCAGCUUGCAAAGAUGCUGCCAAGAGAUUAAUUGAGCUGGGGCUAGUCUUUACCCCAGUUGAAGCUGCUGUCCAGGAAACAGUGCAAAGUUUGAUAGCUAAAGGGUUCUUGAAAAAUUAAACAUCACCAACCUUUGGAAGCUGAAAAGAUUUCACUGUUUCAUUGCUUCUUGUUAAUAAUGACAGAAAUGAAAUUAGUUUUCUUUAAUAAUUUAGCUACUUCCCUCUUUUUAUCUUCUCUUUUUCUCUUUAUUUCCAAAAAAGUGGCUUUAAA